AUGGAGCAUGAAAAGCCUGGCCAAGACCUAUGGCACCGUGCCUGGUGCUCAUACAGGCUUGUUGUGACACCUUUCGAGCCAGGGUUGGCGGUGGACUAUGACGAGGAAGAUGAUAUUUCACCUCAGCAAAACGUACUAAUGGCUGUUCGCUUUGACGCUGCGAAAUCCUUCGGAUCUGCUCCCAGUCAAUGCGAAGAUGCACUGAUGACUCUCGGAGUGGAAGCACCGUCGCCAUCGCAGUUGUGCACCAGCUGCGCCGCGAUUGACUUGCACACCAUGUUUACUACGGAGACCGCACCACAGGGCGGCUCUAAAGCGCAAGACGCGAAAAGGUUUAGUACGCCACACGUCUCGACUUCUGGACGAUCAUGUCAGGCUGAUGGCACCACUUCGCAGCGCAAUGCUUCAAUUCCGACUCUUGAUUCAUCUGAGCAGGAACAACAGUUCCCGUCUGCUCGAUUUACCACAGACAAGGUCAUUGAUCCGGCUCUUCUCGGUGCUUGGGCAGCAAUGAGUUCCACAUCUUCGGCUUUACCGCCGACACUGGGCUUGUCAAAACACUGCUCAAGUGGCCAGCUGAAGCUAGUCGACGUAGAGACGUGCUCUUUGUUUACUGCUACAAAGCCGCCGGUGUAUGCAGCUCUCUCUUAUGUGUGGGGCACGCAAUGCACUCGGUCGUCGAAUACUGUGAGUGAUGGGCCGCUCCGACUGGCGGCCUUACCCCGAACGAUCCGCGAUGCUCUCAAAGCAACAGAAUACAUGGGCUACCGUUACCUUUGGGCGGACGCUUUCUGCAUUGAUCAUGUCAAUCAAACGCAAAAGCAAGCACUUAUCGCUCAAAUGGAUGUGGUUUACGAAAGCGCUGCGAUUACAAUUGUGGCUGCUGCGGGUGACCAUGCAGACUCUGGGCUUCCAGGCAUCUCUCCGCGGCUGGACUCUUGUGUCGCAAUUCGUGGUGAUUCCAGGAACUACCAUGCUGGCAUUGAGCUGCCUGUACCCUCUCGAGCAGUCUUAUCUUCGGCAUGGAAUACGAGGGGCUGGACCUUCCAAGAGGCGCAACUAUCAAGAGUUCGGGUUUACUUCACGCCACGCGAAGUAAUUCUUACCACUGGAGAUUGGUAUCAGAGAGAGUCUCAGGGACGUGCGAAGAUCGUGGAAACCACCGCUCGGGUCGAUGGCUGGUCCUCGCCCAAGCUGAGGACGGACUUCAGGCUAUACUCUAACGCGCUUGAGGCUUACUGUUCACGAAGGCUUAGCAAUGAAGACGACACUGUCGCGGCUUUAGUAGGCUACGUCAACGCCUCGACAGACGCAUCUGAUUCUUGGCGCGCAUCUCAUCUGCAUCACGGCCUUCCUCUACCCUUCUUCAACGCUGCUCUACAUUGGCAGCCUAUCAUCAAGAAAUCCAAUUUCGCUCUCUCUCCAGAAUUGGGGCGCGCCUUCGUUGAGGAGGCUAAGGCUCAUAGUGGCGUUCGACCUGGCUUUCCUUCGUGGAGUCGGGCAUCCGUCCGGCUCCCACGCCUCAGCCACGGCAACAUCAAAGACUCAUUUGGUCUGUUCCCCGGCAGCUCUAAAGACCUACAUCGCUUUGCCUUGAUGAAACAUGAAAGACACAUCCUUGGCGUGCCAGCUAUAUACGAUAUUCGCAGUAUGAAGGAUGUCACAGAGCACAUUCCACCAAGCGUUCCCGAUCGUGUAUUUCCAGAGCCUGCCACUCGAGGCUGGUGCGGUACGGUUGACAUCACAUCCGAGAUCUCAUUCCGCAGUGUCCAAGAGGCUUCCAAAGGAUCCCCCUCUCCACCCUUCAGCACGUUCAGCAAGACGAUCUGGAUCGACUGCGAAGCGCCGACCCCCGGAACAUUCCAAGCUGACCCUCAGCUCGACGUCCUAUGGCUCUGGACGGUGUCCCGGCCAUGCCGUGUGGUCAACGAGGAAUCCGAUGCUUCUAUGCUAUUUCGGUUUGGUAUCACUUUUGAUCUGCGAACGGACAUAACCGGGAACCCGCCGACUGUCUACAUUUCAACGUCAGGCUGGAUCACCAACGACGUCCCAUGGAUGCAGAAGCAGCCAGUCGCGGCGGACGAAGUCCAAGCAAUUCGGACGGUGGAAAGGUACUCCACCGAAUAUAAACAUGCUGUACCCGUCAAAAUGCUCCAAGAGACAUGCGAUGCUAUCAUAACGGGAGCAUCGGGUCGAAUGCUCAAGAUUAUGAUCGUGAGACGAGUUGGGCAAUAUGUCCGACGUGUAGGUCUUGUCGAGCUUACACCGCGCGAUUGGUCUGAAUGGAAGGCAGACGGCUUCACGGAAUCGCCAAUCCAGUCGAAGUGGUUUGCUAUCAUCUGA